CUCCAUUUCUCUGCAAAACCUCCAUCGUCUCCUUCCUCCUGUUUCUCUCUCUAUCUUUCUCUCUCUAGAAGCAAAAACCAGAACUUUGGCCUCGGCAGAACCUUCAGAAGAAUCCCCAUCUCCUUCUCUCUCUCUCUCUCUCUCUCUCUCUCUCUCUCUACAACACACGCAGCACCUCGAGAGGACGCGGAAUGGCCACCAACCUCCUCACUUUCCGGCCCUCCGGCGGCAUCUGCGCCUCCGCCUCCGCCGGCGUCGGCGACAAGAGACCCGAACCGAACCGCCGCCGGAGCUUCUCCCCCGCCGCCCCGUCUCCGUCGCCGCCGUCCCCCUCCUCCUCCAACUCCGGCUGGUGGAGCCCUCUCUUCGGGUGGUCCUCCGAGCCCGACUACAUUGACUCCGGCAGCCACAAGGCCGGCCGCCGGGAGGACAAGGCGGAGCCUGGACCCGACCCGAGCCCCGCGCGUCCGUCCCGGUUCGCCCCGGGCAGCUUCACGGCCGAGAAGGCGAAGCAGCUGAGGAUGAUGACCCAGGACGCUGGGUCGUUCCACGACGCCAUGUACCACUCCGCGAUCGCCUCCCGGCUGGCCUCCGACUUCGGCGGCCGCCCCGAUCUAUGAGGAUCCCGAUCCGGGUCCGCCCCAAGGAGUCGCCUUAGAAUGCCCCCCCUUGCUUGCGUCGCCGGAUCUUACCCUCUUCCCUGUUUUCUCGUUCGUCUUUUUCUCUUUUCUAGCUUCUUGAUCCUGGAUGUAUGCGUCCGAUAUUAUAGGCGACGCAUUUCGUAUAUAUGUGAUUCAGUGGUGUGAUUAAAAGAAGAGGGUUCUGAUGUUGAACUUGAAGAAGGAUCUAUGUAAUGAUCGCCAUCGUUGCAUAAAUAACGUUUCUUUCCAGAACGAUCUCUGCUAAUCGCGUGUAUUAGCUGAUAAUCUUGCUGGGUGUUCAUCGA